AUGCCCGCUUACGAAUUGCGAUCCGGGGGAGACGUCAAGAACAAGAAGCAGAGCGUCGCGGACCUCAAGUACCGCCGGCUUACAGAGCUCAACGCUCGUCUGAAGGAGGACCUCGACCGUCCGCGAGUCAAGGUUUCCGAGGCUUCUAUGUCGUUGAUCAACUACUGCAACAACACGCGCGACUUUAUGGUUCCCUCCGUAUGGGGUCAGGUCGACAAGCGCGAAGACCCCUAUGCUCCCCAGCAGCAGGGAGGCUGCUGCACGGUCAUGUAA